UAUGCACACACACACGCACGGUUCGUACGCGAGUGCGAGUGAUCCCAUGGCGUCACGCAGCUGACGUGUAUAUACGUGUGGCGCAUACCGACCCCGCGAGGACUGGAACGGUAGCACGCGACGGGCGCGUUAAGACGGGACCACACCACCGCCGCUUCGCGCGCGGCACGCAGGACGGUCCUCAGGGGUGCGGAUCGAGCCACGGCACGAGCGACGUUCUCGCAUAACCUCGUCCGCGUCGUCACCGGCCGAUUAACCGCCGAAUGUGCUGCGAAGUCGCGAGUCACCGUUGAGCCGCUGGCGAGUCGCCUCUCCCGAAAGAUGUCGUUGACGUUCCAGCAGAUUAUAUUGGAUGCCAAAAAACUGGUUAUUCGAAUUUCAGACCAUGAGAAUACGGCAGAUACCCUGAUAAGCGAAGUAGAGGCUGUGUGUGGACAAAUUGAUAACAUGAAGCAGUAUCAAGAGGAGGUAGAAAUUUUAAAUACGGAAGCGAAGCAGAGGCCGCACUUACAGCUGAUCGCCGGGAUCCAAAGGGAAAAUAAGCACUUGCGAGAAAUACAGGCGGAGAACAAGGAGUUGAGAAACGCGUUAGAAGACCACCAGCAUGCUCUUGAACUCAUAAUGUCCAAAUACCGACAGCAAACUGCCUCUUUAUUACGCCUCAACAAAACUGAUUACUCGUCCAUGCACAAUUCAAAAUACGCUAAUAUAAUAACGAGUCAAGCAGAGAAAAUUAAUGAAAUGGCAGCCGUGAUGAAGACAGCCGCUGCUUUAGACGAGGAGAAUGAAUUGAAGGAGAAGGAGACGCUUCAUUCUUUAAAGGAAGAGAAUGCCACGCUUCGAGAAAUAGUAAAUAUUGCAAAUAAGUAUGGUUCCUUAAAUAAAGAAUGUUCUGUAGAAAGCAAAACCGUUCAAACAGAUCCGCCGAUAGAUUAAAGAAAUAUUUGCUAGAGCCUUCGAUCUUUUUUAUAAAAAGUUGACCAGUAUUUAUUUCACACACAAACUCUCAUGACAUAUUACUUAUUAGAUAGCAACUAUUACAUAUAAGUAAGUGAGGUGUAUGUGCAAGUUGUAGUAUAUAUAUGCGCAUUAAACAUUUGUAAAAUACAUUGUACAAGCCGUUUACAACGUAUAUAUAAUAUCUCUUAUAAUUUGUAUCAUUUACUAUUUAUCGAGAUUAUUAUUAUUAUUGUAUUAUUAUUGUAUUUUUUAUGUAUUGCUAUAUAAAAUGCAACAUUUGUUCAAAAAAGUAGAGAUGUGCGAAUGAAGGAUUUUUUACGUCGAAUUAGGUCGAAUUAAGUCGAAUUAAGUUUAUUUCUUUUUAUGAAUCCGAAUCGAAGUGAAUCGAAUUGAAUUGUUGAAAUAUAGUUUGUAAUUAACAAUAUAAUUAUUGCAUUGUUACUUGUAGAUGAUAAGAGAAAAUUUUGUUGUGAUUGUAGAAAAGUAAUAAUGAUUAUAAAUAUAAAUUUGUUUUGAGGUAAAACAGAAAAGAUUUCAAUAUUUAAUAUAAAACUAGUAAAGUAUAUUUAAUGUUGCAGUAAUUGAACAUUUAGUUGAAAAAUCUGUAGUCGAAUUUAAAGAUAAGAAUUAGUUACAUUUUAUCGCUACUUAACCGAUCAAUGAACGGUUGCAGUACUGAAUGCAUCUAUUAAUAUCACCAUAAUAUUUUACUUAUUACUAUUUCGCCCGAUUUGAUUCAAUUCGUAUUCGAAUAAUUCACACGUCUCUACGAAAAAUAAAGGUAUAAGUUUUGUA